AUGGCGAGGGUCGACCUCAGCCACCACCCCAUCUUCUGGGAGGAUCACGAGGUCCGCUGGUUGACGGCGAGUGACCAGGCGAUCGCGCGAAUCAUCGCCAUACGUGAGGCCACGGGCUCGCGCGCCCGCGCGCUGGCGCACCGCGCCGUGUCGCCCGGCUCCGGUGUGCCCUCGGAGCUGGCGGCGGACCCGGCGCGGCUGCAG